AUUUUCUCGCUGCACCAUUUGUCAAACCGGGUAUAUUUACGCAAUCUGCUGAUAUUAAACACAAAAUUCGGAUGUGCUGUAAGCUCUGCACUUAAAAUGGGUAAAGCAAUGUCCGUCGUUGGACGGCAGGUGCAACGAUUCAAUGUGGAAAACCGGGCACAGAAAGUGAUAUCGCAAGCAAAACCCAAACCGGCCCCAAAGUUUGAAUCCAACCUGCGAGAUUUGGAGCGUGUGCUCAAGGAUCACCCAGAGAUUGUCGAAGAGCAGAGUCGUAAGAAUGUUCAGUUGGAUGAAAAUCUGCGCCAAGUCUACGUUACCUCAAAGGAUGUGAUGAUCGAUCCCAAGGCUGCUCAAACGCAAGACCCUGAUAAACCUCUUCCCAUAAACCGUACCACCGUGGAAGAGUACGAGUUUGGCCAUCUCGAACCGCGCACCGUCACGAAGGGCCGUUGCACGCUGCGGCAAGCGGUUCAGUUUAUUGGCAACCAUCAGACCGACCCGCAGCAGUGGACCUCGGCAAAGAUAGCGGAGUAUUACAACAUGAAGGAACCACUAGUCAGAAACAUACUCGAUCACUUCAAAUCGUUCGAGGUGCAUUUACCCGACAAAAACCUCGAACGGCGUAGGGUACUAACGCGGGCGGCAGAAGGCGCGAAACAGAUCGAAUAGGGGGAAAAAUAGAAAUAAAUCGCGAACAACAAACAAACAA